AGGCGGAGGCCGAGGCAGAGGCGGAGGAAACGGAAGUGGGUCGGAUCCGGGUUGGUCCGGGAGUAGUGGGUCUCUAGGGCCUGGGUCGCCUGGCCCGGGCAGCUGAGGGUCCCGUAACGGGACGAGCGGCGCCACCCUUGAGGCCUGCUGACUGGCACCUAGUCACCGUCUCCGCCCCAGAACCCUGCAGCCCUCGGGUCUCCGCUCGGCCCCAGGUCCCACUCCUCUGGCCUCGGGUGACCGCCCUGGCAGCCCUGCGGUUCCUCACCUGCGUUCUCCCUGGAACAGGCAGACCCUGAGCCCCCCGGAAGUCGGCGGCGAGCAGCAGCGACCGCGGAACGACGGCGGGCGGCCCCGGGCAUGUAUGCCCCGGGAGGCGCAGGGCUGCCCGGCGGGCGCCGGCGGAGGAGCCCGGGAGGCAGUGCGCUGCCCAAGCAGCCGGAGCGUAGCCUGGCCUCGGCCCUGCCGGGCGCCUUGUCCAUCACGGCGCUGUGCACUGCCCUCGCUGAGCCUGCCUGGUUGCACAUCCAUGGUGGCACCUGUUCCCGCCAGGAGCUGGGCGUCUCCGACGUCCUGGGCUAUGUGCAUCCGGACCUGCUGAAAGACUUCUGCAUGAAUCCCCAGACGGUGCUGCUCCUGCGGGUCAUUGCCGCCUUCUGCUUCCUGGGCAUCCUGUGCAGCCUCUCCGCAUUCCUCCUCGAUGUCUUUGGGCCCAAGCAUCCGGCCCUGAAGAUCACGCGUCGCUAUGCCUUCGCCCACAUCCUUACAGUCCUGCAGUGUGCUACCGUCAUCGGCUUUUCCUACUGGGCUUCCGAGCUCAUCCUGGCCCAGCAGCAGCAGCAUAAGAAGUACCAUGGUUCCCAGGUGUAUGUCACCUUUGCUGUUAGUUUCUACCUGGUGGCAGGAGCCGGCGGAGCCUCAAUCCUGGCCACGGCAGCCAACCUCCUGCGCCACUACCCGACAGAGGAGGAGGAGCAGGCGCUGGAGCUGCUGUCUGAGAUGGAGGAGACCGAGCCCUACCCCUCGGAAUAUGAGGUCAUCAACCAAUUCCAGCCGCCCCCGGCCUACACACCCUAAUGCCAGCCUAGGCCUUCCUCCCACAGAGGAGUGCCUUCCCCCAGCAGGCCUCACUGGUAGGAUCCUGAGCAUCUUCACCAAACCUGCCCCAGGAGAGAGACUGCCCUUUGGGCUGUUCAUGUAUCCUUGCUCUUGAAACCUGGGGCUCAUGGAUUUUAUAUCAUGCACUGUUUCCCCUCUUGCCACCUUCCUGUCCCUGAGGUCACUAGUCAUUACCAACCAGGGAUGGUCACACAAUUUCUCCCUUCAUGGGCCAUCUUUCACACCAGAACUUUCUUCCCGUGGGGAGCUACUGACAGAGGACUGUCUCAGAAAGAGGUGUCAUCAGGGCCCAAGAGAAAGGGGACUGUGCCCUGCAGGCUUCCCUCAUGUGGUCAUCGCCUGUUCCACGGGCUGGCCUGCCCCUUCCUUCUCGGAGUGCCCAGUGGCAGGCCCCGCUCUGGAGAUCUCUGCACUUUAGUCUUUGGACUUCCCGUCCUCUGUGUUCUGGUUGACGGGAGACGGAAUUGCUUUUGGGAAGCAGAUCAAGUCUUGUCCCCGCCCUGGCCUGGCUUCGGUGGCCGGAGCCCAGGAAAGGAGAGCAGUGGGAAUGGGCCUGAGGUCUCCCGGUUCCCAGAGAGGAUCAGACUGAAGGGGCCCCUUCACCUUUCAAAAUUGAGUGGUUUUAAAAGGAAAAAACAAAACCAAGCAACAGCAACAAUCACCUGUUUUUAAACUAGCGACAAGACUUGUCAUUUUAUCGAUGUUUAUCCCAUCCUUUUGGGCUCUGCACUGUUUUGAGCCACAGCUCCUUACAGCCCACAGUAGUUUCUCCCUGAACUUCUUCCGGCAGAAUGCACCCCUCCUCCCUGCCCCCUCUCCCAGGGCCUUCCUGUGGAACCCAGAGCCCCUCAGCAGAGGCUGAGGACUAGGCCUGGCUGGCUGGCCAGCGUGGUGCUCCUCAGGGCUGGACUGAGAUGUAGCCUGGCCUCCGUGCAGGAACAGCGGUCACGGGGGCACCCUCCACAUAGGAAUCACAACCAGGGGCCCUUUGCAAGAGGACGGCAGAGCUGGCUGUGUCCCUCAGGCUGAGUGCCUCCCCUAAACUGUGACGUGGGGCAACAGCUUGCUGCAUGCCCCUCCCCUCCUUGAAUGUUCUCUGGCCUCGCAUUGUGCUACUUGCUGGCUCUUUCUUGCCCAGCCAUCAUUCUGGGUUUCCCGUUGGCCACAUAUGGCUCUGGGUCUGGCUGAAUUUUCUGCCCUGAGGUCAGUGUAAAAGUGGGAGAAACUCAAGAAACCAUCAGUAUGCAUCCAGAUGGCCAAGCGUCUUUGGGAUCAGUGUUCAUUGCGGACCUGAAAAGCAUUUGGGUCCCAAUCUCCUGCAGAUGACCAAGCACGACCAGAGAGUGGGCACUGCUAUUGAACGGUGGCUAGGAAGGAACGUUACGUGCCUCAUCCUUGGGCCAGACCACGUGGGGAUGUCUGGACACACGUCUGUGUGGGUGGUGAAGCCCAUGUCUGCACAUGAAUGGUGGCUGCCUGGAGUUCACUGUGAUGCCAAAGUGUGUCCCAUUGUGACCGUCGGGCAGGAAAGACCACCGUGUGGGACCUGCGCACAAAGCCAGGGAGCUGCCUUGCUUGUCUUUCUAUCAAGUCCGAGUUUGUCCGGCAGAUAGCUAGGGUGUGGCCAGCUCUCGCUGACCUUGGGUGCUUGGGUGUCUGAGGGGCAGAUCAGGAGACCGGGCACCAGACACACAUGCCAAAAUGACCGUCAUCUCGCGAGGCCUCAGACAUGACCCUGUGGACUGUUCCAUGUAAUCCAGAUCCCACCUUUUGUUAACUGUCCACACCACCGGCCUUUCUCUUCCCCUGCUGUCCUGACACUGUCAUAGAAAUCCCCCUGGUUGUGUUUUUUCUUUUUUUCUAGGAAAAACAAAUAAAAACAAAACAAAUGAACAGAAACCACAAGUAAGAAUGUAAA